UGAUGGCCACUGAGAUGGCCGCCCAGGAGACCUCUAACGACCUGGGGUGCAAUUCGUCCGAGGAGGACAGUACCAACCGUGCGGCCUUGGCAGAGGGGACGGCGGAGGAAAAGACAUCUCCGGUGGCGCGACGGCAUCACCCGUUCAGCGUGGAGGCGCUCAUGUCCGGGAGGAAGACGGACAGCCGCGGCGGAGAGUCCACCUGCUGCAAACCGGAGGGACGCUCGGUGACGGUGUCCCCCACGGGUUUGAACUCUCUGUAUCUGUGUCGGGGGACGUGCAGUCCUCCCGGGGGAAGCCGAAAGAGCUUAACGGCUGCGCCUACGUCGCCGGUGAAGUCCGAGGCAUCGGAGUCCGAGGACUGCGCAUCCUGGGUCACCAACAGCGCGUUUCCCACACAGCCUCGUCAUUCCAGUCCUUCCUGUCAGUUGAGGAAGCACAAGACCAACCGAAAGCCCCGCACCCCCUUCACCACGUCUCAGCUGCUGGCCCUGGAGAGGAAGUUCAGGCAGAAGCAGUACCUGUCCAUCGCAGAGCGGGCCGAGUUCUCCUCCUCCUUGACCCUGACAGAGACCCAGGUGAAGAUCUGGUUCCAGAAUCGCCGGGCAAAAGCCAAGAGGCUCCAGGAGGCCGAGCUGGAGAAACUCAAGAUGGCCGCUGACGCCAAGACGGUGGCAGUGGCGGCCGCCGCUGCUGGAGCUUUACGCCCUGGCUUUACUUUACCGCUGUCGCUGGGCGCCAUGCAACUGUACGGACAGUCGUACUCCGCCUAUCACCACCACCACCACCACCACCACAGACCCAUACUGCCCAUUUCACCUUUAGGACUGUAUGCUGCUCCUCUGGGCUACAGCAUGUACCACUUAUCAUAGAAAUGGAAAUACCUUUGAUCUUUGGUGAAAUGUCUUUCAGUGCAUUUCCAAGGAUUCCCAAAAAACGGACACAGAGGACGUGCGGCUGACAUUUUAAAAAUCAGUGUUUAUAAUAUAUCCACUGCACAAGGAGUGCUUGAAUCAACUUUCCGAGCACUUCAAGUCAAAUUAGAAUUUUUUUUUUCCCACAGCGAGGAUGAAAAAAAACGGUGUUCUCUUGCCCCUUUGGACUGACUGUUUACAUGACUUAUCUAUAGGAGGAGGGGUGUUGCUGCCCAGCUGUUUAUACUCUUCACUUGUUUACUCCUGCAAUAAUUGAGCUGGGCGAGCACUUGCACUGGGCACAAUAAUACAGACUACAACUCCAACUUUUCA